GGUCCCGAUUCUGCUGGUACUCAGUCCUGCUCUUCUGGUGGAAAAGAAGAAGUAAAGUACAUUACAUACAUCUCCAAAUCUGAAGUUCUUCCUAAGUCAUCGUCUACUGUUGUUGAAUGUGAACAGGUUGCAAUGUAUGAUAAAAACCUGCUCAUAUGCGAAGGCUCUGAACUUCAAUUUGAGGAGAUAAGAGCCAAGAGAUACUUCAAGAAAUACGAGCGCCUCAGAAGACAGCAAGAAUGGGAAGAGGAGGAGAGAGACUCCAAGAGGAAGAAAGAGUCAGCUGUCCUUGAACUGCAAGCCCUGCAGCAGAAGCUGGAACAGCUCACUCAGCUCACCAAAAGCUUGGAGGAAACUCGUCUGGAACCAGCAUCUACAGCGUCAGCCAAACCAAACAAGUCAGUGGCUUAUGCACACGUGACACCCGGCACAGAUCUACAACCAACCUGGAUGGCGUCUUGUCAAAGUUCACAUCUGCAAAACGCUCAAGGUCUGGUGCCGGAUCGGCCUCAGUCAAGCACUUCAUCAUCCACUGCUCUUACACUGCAGUCAGAGAAACCCGUUGGCCAUGCGAUGACAUCAGCUUCCCUGUGGGAAACAACAUAUAAAAAGGACGUGGUCAAAACUCAGCUAGAGCUUGGAGAACUGCGGAACAGUUUGUUGCACGCUCCAUUCAAUAACGUUUCAGCUCGGGAACGGGCACAUCCUGACUCGGCUCUUAAGUGGAACGCUAGAGAACAGCGCCCUAACAAGGGAUCCACUGGACCAACUACUUCUGUGGAUGUGAAAGAAGCAUCUAGAGUUGGAAAUUCUUCCUUCGCUUCUGGAAAUGCUUCUCAGGCUACCCCAAACACCUCACUGGGUGGAGCGAUGCAGGUGACACCAUUCAAAGUGCAGCCUUCACCUACAGUUCACACAAAGGAAGCACUGGGAUUUCUCAUGGAUAUGUUUCAAACACCGAUCUUGCCUGAACCAUCCCCUCUUGAGGAAAGCGAGGAGCAAUUUGAAAUCCUUUGCCAAAAAACUGAGCCUGAUGGAAAUCUGAAAGCUAAUCUUGUUGCUCCUGUCAUGCCAGCAUUUUCUAUAUUUGAAGAUGAGAACGAUAAAGAGAAUAGCAGGGUCCCACAGCAUAAAAACAAGCCAGAGGAGCCCAGAACUACUGGAGAACGUCCCUUGACUAACUGUGCAGCGGGUACAGAAGAAGAAACAGGCACAACGGAGUUCUUGAGGGAUGAUUAUACAGUGUGGAAUGUCCCAAGUAGUAAUAAAACGUUAGCUUCCAGCCCGAAUGACACCAAAGACUUUGCACGAGCUGCCCAGCUUGCAUCGACACCAUUUAAUUACCUGGCGGCACGUUCGCGGCAAGCUUUGGAGGACAAAGCCUGCGGGGAUGACUUGCCACAAAUGGACUUGGAAUUUUCUGAAGAACUGCACAAGCAGACAAAAAUGAAGAAGCUGAGGCUGAACCUGUUGGCCAAUUACCUUGAAGUCCUUGUCGAGAACCCUUGGGAUAAGGAAUUGAUUUGCAAAUUCUUAUCAGAGCUCCCUAAGCCACUCCACACCUAUGCCAACUACUUUCAAUGGAAAUCUCCUCUCCCAUCCAUCAGGCUGAAGGCUGAACUCCUGCUGGGUUCCAGCUCAUUCCACUUGGACUGCUUGGUUGGAGAAGGAGCUUUUGCCCGAGUCUAUCAAGCUUCCAUUCUGGAUGCAAGUAACCCUAGAAACAAUCAGAAAGUAGUGUUCAAGGUCCAGAAGCCAGCCAACCCUUGGGAGUUCUAUAUAGCAACACAACUGGUAGAAAGGCUUGAUCCAAGCAUACACCACCUCUACAUCCACUUUUAUUCUGCUCAUUUCUUUCAAAACGGAAGCAUUUUAGUUGGUGAGCUCCACAACUAUGGAACAUUGCUGAAUGCCAUAAACAUUUACAAAAAGCUUCCUGGAAAGGUGAUGCCUCAAGGACUUGUAAUCUACUUUGCCGUAAAAAUUCUUUAUAUGGUGGAACAGCUCCACAGCUGCAAAAUCAUUCAUGGGGACAUCAAACCUGACAAUUUCAUACUUGGAGAAAAGUUUCUGGAUAACGAUACAUGUGACAUAGACGGUGUCUCUCAUGGCUUGACACUCAUUGACUUGGGCCAGAGCAUAGACAUGAAACUCUUCCCUGAAGGAACGGCAUUUACCGCAAAGUGUGAAACGUCUGGAUUUCAGUGUAUUGAAAUGCUGACUCAGAAACCAUGGAACUAUCAGACGGACUAUUUUGGCAUCGCAGCAACGGUCUACUGCAUGCUCUUUGGUACCUACAUGCAAGUGAAGAAUGAAAACGGCAUCUGGAAGCCUGAGGGACUCUUCAGAAGGCUUGCCAACGCUGACCUGUGGAAAGAGUUCUUCGAGAGCAUGCUGAACAUCCCCAGCUGCCACAGCCUGCCUCCUCUAGCAGUUCUGCGCAAAAAGCUGAAGGAUUUGUUUUGCAAGUCAUAUGCAAAGGAAAUAAAGUUCCUUCGGAACAGACUCGUUGUGCUGCUCAUAGAACACAAACAGUCACGAAAAUAA